CGGACAAAGAACCAAGCGCUAAAUUUCAGAGAAUUUGCUAAAAGCAUUUAUUUUUUGAGCUAAGUAGGCUGUUUGUCGUUAAGUUCGACGUAAAAGUUGAAUUUAACGAUCUUUUUGCUGUCAGAACGAUUGUAUUCUUCAAUUUACCAUUGCAUUUUUUGGGACAUCAUCUUUUAGAACGAGCUUUUCUUUUAUUGUGCGUUCUAAAGCUUUUUUAAAAUCAUUAGCACGUUGCACAUUCAUUUUGUAAAUCGGCACUUUUGAAUCGGCCGUGGAGCUUUUUGUACACGCGCAUGCGAGAAAAGCGAACCUAUGCCGUGAUUUUUCUUUAUAUGCUUCAUCGCUUUUAGUAUUUUUUGUGACUUUGGCUGACUACAUUGGAAACCCAUAUUUUUAUUAAUCUCGAAAGUUUGGAUACCGAAUAAUAACUCAGUUGGUAAUCAUCAAGCAAUCGUCAAGUUUCCUAUCUGAGUUUCACCACAGUUUUAUUUAAAAUUAGAACGCUCUCUUUUCUGUACCAUUUUUACGUCUUUUCAUUUUUAAUCAUUUUUCGUUCAUUGGCCUAUUCUUACUUAUAUCUUUUCACCUUUACUAGUAUUCUUCCCUUUAUUGCUUCACAUAAGAUUAUUCUCCUCCUUUACUAUACAAUAUGACGAAAAAAGUACUCUGUUCGAAUCCAAUGCUAUCCUUGGAGACAGAAAAUAUUGCGAAAUUAGGAACUCUGACCGCAGACAAUUUGAGCUGCAUGUGGAAUGUCUUCACCAAAUGCGCCGAAAAUCUCGAAAAUGGUCGUCGUCUUGAAAAUCUUUCAUGGCGGCUUUGGUAUCGUGAAGCCGUCAUGACUGACCAUGGCGCAAACUCCAAUGAAUGCAUGGAAUAUUCUCUCCCAGAUCUUUCUAGCAGUUGUGAUUCUAUAGCUUCAUCUGCAGAUUCCGAUGCUGGUGCCUCUAUUUACUCCCCUAAUAGCAAAUCUGACACUAUCCGUCUAAAUUCAACUACUAAUUCCGGAAGCCAGGAAUCUUCCGUGCGAGCUAAUCCAAAAGAUUCAUCGAACUCAACUUCUUGCAUACGCCCACACACCAGACGUCCCAGUUCCCGUCUACUUUCUUCGGAUACAUUUAAUCAACUUAUCUCAUCAUUUUCUCCUUUAGAGAAGCCCCUUGAGAAGUCGUUUGAGAAACGUUCAGAAAAAGAUUCUUCGUCUGCUUACCAAACGUCCGAUUACCACCAAGAACCACCGAAUGAAUCUUCAAACCGUCAAAAGCGACCGACUUUGACUAUAACUGUUAGUGAACCGUAUUCUACUUCUUCCAUGCCAGAACGUCAAAACGAUGCAUGUUCUGGUAAAAUGAUUCCUUCUGCUUCUAUUUUGCAAAACGAAUAUACAACAAAAGAAAGCAUUUCAAAACCUGUUCCCUCUUCCAGAGUCAAGUCAAAGGCUAAAUCAAUUAGCGAUUCUGUCGUCGCGGCUGCUAGAGCCAAGGAAGCUGAACGAGAAAAAAUUGCUAAAGUAACUGUGACACCCAGUAAAUCAACUAGCGUUAUUCAUGGAUUUAACCCAAGCAUUUCAAAAACAACUCCUUCAUCAUCCAACAAGACAAAGCCUGCACUUCAAGAUCAUAAUGCCGGAUUUUUAAAGCAAAUACCUGAUGUAAAGAAACAUCAUCCCUUUUUUUAUCUUAGAGGUGCCUAUUCUGACAAAAACCACUCACAGUCUUCUUCUAUGGUUUCUACAACGGAUGAUGAAGCUAUUUCUACAAGAUAUUCUGGUGCUUCUAAGUAUAAAACAAGGUGUACUGACGAAAGUGGAAAUAUUACUGCAAAGAGUGACGAUGAAGAUGCAUGGGUGUCGGAAGAUGAAGAAGCCAAUACUCCUCCUUUCUUUUUUAAGCGCUCUCCUACACCUCAUCAUACUUCUUCUUAUCGAAAUAGUGCUUUAUCAUUGCUUUUGUCGAAAGAGGAUAGACCACAAAGUGGGCAUAACGACGAGCCGAAAGUAGGCCUGCCGUCACCUUCACCAGUUUUGAAUUUUAACGCAGACAAUAUCGAUGUCCACGAAGCCAAGUUUGACAUGUCACACUCUAGUUAUUUAAGUGAUACGGCUUCCCAGUCAUCAGAACCAAGGGUUUAUGAAAUUUCUCAUAAAAACGCUAACCGGGCAAAACUACUAAACUCGGAAAUUUCGGAGAGUUUAAGGAGAGACCUCUUAUGGGAGCGGAGGCAGAAAGCAUCUUUGAGCAGCGCAGUCCUUCGAAGGCAUUAUAAAGCGAAUCAAUCUGAAGAUGAAGAUGCUCGUAACAAAGAAGUUGUUGAAAAAGCAUUUUCGAAUGAUUGCUCCGUUUGGUAAAAGUAAAGAAAACUUAGCCUUGAACGCGAGUUUUGAACAUGGAUUACUGAAAUUUCGGGAACUCUUAUUUGUGAAGAGUAUUUGAUCAUUGCGAGUUCCUCAUUAACAUUACUAUCAUUUCUGUUAAUAACGUUUAAUAAUGUUUCGAACUGGAAACGUAUGUAUAUUAAUUAUAAUUAUAUAUCUUAUUGGAAAGCUUGUUAUUUGAAAAAGAAAAAAAGGAGAGUGUGAAAAGGUAAUACUUGGCGCAUGCACUUGUAAUAUACUACUCAUAUAAAUAAAUAGAUAUGUUUCGAAUUCUUGCAAGAAAACAAAAGAAAAAUUAGUAAGCUUUUUUUUUUAUUUUUGGUGAUAUCUGAUUAUUAUCUUUUGUUAGAGAUAUGCAAGAGUUUGUUCCAAC